AUGUUAGCAAUGGCCUCUACCCGCGCCGCCUUUCGGCAUCGCGCGCCCAGCCGGAGAGCUGUCAGCAUGUUCGUCAAGCCUGCUAAGACGCCCGUCACUUCUGUUCUCCAAGUCUCCGAUGAGGUCAGAGAAGCUCUCCAUGGUGCCAGAAAGAGACCUGUCGUGGCAUUGGAGACUACCAUCUACACUCACGGCUUUCCUUAUCCCGACAACGUGGCUCUGGCUUCUCACCUUGAGAGCAUUGUGCGCACUAUGGGAGGCGUUCCCGCCACCAUCGGUAUCCUGGAUGGUGUCGCCCGCGUCGGACUAGACCCUGAGGAGCUUAUCAGGAUAGCUGCUUCGGCUGGCAAAGAGGACACUCUUAAGGUCUCGCGCCGUGAUCUGGCUUACGCCUGCGGCCUGAGACUCCUACACCCUGAUCAGGGCAAGUUCACCGGUGGUACCACCGUGGCAGGAACUAUGAUCUUGGCCCAUCUUGCCGGAAUCAAGGUCUUCGGCACGGGCGGUCUUGGUGGUGUCCACCGCGGCGGCGAGAAUACGAUGGACAUCUCUGCCGAUCUGACUGAGCUUGGAAGAACACCAGUUGCUGUUGUUAGCAGUGGAUGCAAGAGCUUUUUGGAUAUUCCCCGCACUCUUGAGUAUCUCGAGACCCAAGGUGUUGCUGUUGCUACCUUCGCCGACGGCCGGGCUGGCUCUGUAGACUUCCCCGCCUUUUGGUCAAGGGAAAGCGGUGUCAAGAGUCCGUCUGUCGUGCAGAACGAGAAAGAGGCUGCUGCUAUGAUCUAUGCCCAACACUCUCUGGGUCUGACCUCCGGUAUCAGCUUUGCCAACCCCAUCCCCGCUUCUGCGUCGAUUGCCAAGGAGGAAAUCAACGGGAUCAUUGAGCAGGCUGUCGCCGAAGCCGAAGCGCUCGGCAUCACCGGUGCUCGCAACACUCCUUUCAUCUUGAGCAAGAUCAAGGAGCUUACCAAGGGCAAGUCCGUGCCGGCUAACAGGGCGCUGAUUGCCUCCAACGUGGAGCGUGCCACCAACGUCGCAAAGGAGCUUCUAGCGCUGGAGGAAGAGAUGAAGGGCGAAAGCUCGGCGAAGAACUACAAUAUACCCGCAUCGUACACACAGCCCUCAUCCUCUGCUCAGGCGAGCAACCCGGCUGCAAAGCCGCAACAGGCUGCUGCGCCAACUGACCAAGAGCAAGUAGACGUUGUCGUGACAGGAGCGGUGGCAGUUGACUUUGCGUGCAACUACAUCCCGCCGCCAAACGCCACCUCCGGAUCCGUGAUAUCCCCACAACCCCACACCUCCAACCAAGCCUCGAUCCAGCAGACCCUCGGCGGUGUCGCUCACAACAUCGCACGCGCAGCCCACCUCGCCGGCAGCUCCGUCCGCCUCUGCAGCGCAGUCGGCGACGACGUAAUGGGCCGCGUGGCGCAGGACCUCCUCGAGCGCUCCGGCCUGCCCACCACGAGCAUCAUCACCCGCCCGGACGCCCGCACCGGCCAGUACGUCGCCGUCAACGACGCCCACAACAACCUCACCCUCGGCAUGGCCGACAUGGACAUCAUCCAAUCCACCGCGGCCACGCCCUCCACCGUCCAGACCCUCUUCAACGCGCCCCUCCCCGCCCUCCGCCCGCGCUGGCUCGUCGCCGACGCCAACUGGUCCCCCCAGACCCUCCACGCCUGGCUCCGCGCCGCCAAAUCCGCCGGCGCCCUCACAGCCUUCGAGCCCGUCUCAGCCGCCAAAUCCGCGCGCCUCUUCUCCCCACUCCCCCCGACCACCACCUCCACCUCCACCUUCCCGCUCUUCCCCCACCCCCUCGUCGACCUCACCACCCCCAACGCCCUCGAACUCGACACCAUGUGGCGCGCCGCCCGCGCCGCCGAGCUGCUCGCCACGCCCCCCCACUGGGCCGUCGCCAACGCCUUCAACCUGCCCCAGGGCGGCGCGUCGCCGCUCCUCGCGCGCGCCGCCUCGCCCGACCUCGUCCGCCGCGGCGUGCCGCAGCAGGCGCUGCAGCUGCUGCCGCUCGUGCCCGCCAUCCUCACCACGCUGGGCGCCGAGGGCGUGCUGCUGACGAUGCUACUGCGGCGCGGCGACGCGCGGCUGAGGGACCCCGAGGCCGCGGCGUGGAUCUUGUCGCGCGGGGUUGAGGGUGGUGGUGUGGAGGGUGGAUCGGAGGCCGAGGAUGCGGGGGUGGAUGUCGGAGGCGUGUAUAUGCGGCUGUUUGAGCCGGAGGAGGUGCUGGGCGAGGGGGAGGUGAUCAGCGUGAACGGGGUGGGGGAUACGUUUACGGGAGUGCUGGUGAGCGGGUUGAGUCGCGGCAUGCGGAUCGAGGAUGUGGUGCCUGUGGCGCAGAGGGCGGCGGGGCUGAGUUUGAGGAGCGAGAAGGCGGUGAGCGACGAGGUGGCGAGGGUGAAGGAGUUGUUGGAUUAUUAG